AUGAUAUCAAAGUUACACAUUUUCGUCUUUUUUUGUUUUAUUAUUAAAUUCGGCCUACUUUCUUCAACCGAAACGGACAUUAUUAAGAAAGUUCCGGAAGCUCAUAUGUAUCCAAGGUCAUUAAAGCAGUACUUGGCUGAUUUGGAUUGUAAAAGCAAGUACCCAGGAUCAGUAGCUAGGUGUAAUGAAACUACAAAAAAUUGUAAAUGCAUCAAAAAAACAUUUUCUUCAAAUUCAUUGGCAAACUCUUGUAUUUAUGGAUACGAUUUAGUCGAAUGUAUUGGUUCAACUUACAAAGAUAGAAAAUUUACACUUGAAAGGAGACCUAAUUUCGACGUCACCAAGUUCUGUCCUGCCCAUAAAAAUUCGACUUAUGAUGAUAAACCCUUGGCUGAAGAUAAAGAAAUAAUUAUUUCACAAUCAGAUCUUUAUGAUACAUUUAUUAAAAAAACUGCAAGGGUUUCCGAUAGAAAGAUCGAAGAAAUUCUGAAAACUUUUGGGAAGAACCCCGUUAAUGAUAUGUUCUCCGAUUUAUAUUAUUAUAACACUAAUAAACAGGAGAAUACAGAAGAUGUUGAGGAAUAUAAACACAAAGAUGAAACUGACUAUUGUGAAUAUUUCAAAACAAUAAAGGAAAUACACGGACUGGAUUUUUCUAGAGGAAAAUGCCCUGGAAGUUUAAAAAAAUGCUACCCUGAAGAACCUUAUUCCAAUUGUAAAUUCGUUAAAAAAAGAUAUUAUAAACCAAAAAGCAAAGAAUUUUAUUUGGAAUUUGAAGCCUUCUCAUUAUCAAGUAUAUUCUCAGUAUACCUGGAGAAGGAGAACAAUAGGUGCGGACAGGGAGAAGGGAAUGCUAAAAAUGAAGAAGAAAGAUAUAAAUUCUUUAAGGUUAAAAUAUAUAAUGAAAUUGACUUCCCACCAAGGAGGUUCUUUAAUUUGGGCCCUUUUGGCCCAUUUAAAGAUAUCGGUAAAAUGAAAGUAUGCGCAUGCUUAAAUUAUACUGAAAAAGAUAAAAAAUAUUCAUGCCUCAAAUUGCAAGAUUAUGGCCUUGAAAUAGGAGAAUUAAUCAUAAACGAUGAAAUUUCUUUUGAGAAUAACGAAAUCGAUAUUUUAAAAGAGGUUGAGGUCCAACUAGACAAUCAGAAGGCAUUCAUGAUUGAGUCAAGUCUGAUUAAUGGUGAUUGCACAAAUAUUUCUGAAAAAUAUAAAAUCGAUUGGGAAAAAUCAACCGUCAAAAAAAUGCCUAAUCUCUCGAAACAUAUGUUACAUAAGAAAAACAAUAGAUUGGAAGAUAAGGCAGUAUUUGAACCAUAUCAGGCCGGAAAAUACAAUGUGUGCUUUAUCAAUGUUGAUAACGCUUUAAUAACAACACAUCAAUAUGUUUACAUAGUAAAAGGUGCUAAAAAUAAUGUAACUUCGAUGACAUAUUCGAACUCAAAAGGCCAACUUGUUGUUCAGCCAAUAUUGGUUGAACUACUGGGAAUGAAUAAAAAUGAUGUAGAGUUGAUUUAUAUUUCAGAUUCAAAAUCUGAGUGCAACUCCACCGUUUCUGGUUCAUAUAAAGGGAAUGUAUAUGAAUACAAUGCACCUAAUAAAACAGACGAAACCAAGUUUUUACUAUAUACAGGACUUGAAGUCGGUGAGGAAAAAUAUUUUACUGAAAAACUUAUAUGUGCAAGAUACCGUAAUGAAACGAAUGAUUCGGCUGUUGGUCAUGUUUAUAAGAAAAAUUUUGUUGACUUUGACCACGGUAACUUUGAUAAGGUACUUGGUUUGGAUGGUACUAGACACGAUUCCAUGUAUAAUUAUGAAAUCAAAAACAGAAGUGUAUUCAAAGCAUGGAUCGAAAAGUUUAAAAGCUCAACAAAUGAAGAGAAAUCAAUUAUAAAGGAUACCGAUGCUGACGAUUUAUUCAAUAAAUAUUUCGAAAUAAUUCAUUUUAGGACCUUUGACCAAAUGAAUCUUGUCACUUUGUGGAUAACGAACAAGGAGGAGAUACAAGUGUUUCCAGUUUACAAACUAACACUUGAAUCACCAACAAAAAUCAGAAUGGCUGUUAUAUCUGAAAAAAUUUAUUGGUAUGUAUUAAUGAUAGAUAAAAGGUUAAUUGUGAAAUACGAUUGCACUGAAAUAAAAAAUAAGUAUACACUUGACGAGGUUACUAAAUAUAACAUUCACAUACUCCAUAACCCAGCAGAUUUUGAACUUUUGCAGAAUGGAGAUAAACUGAGAAUAGUUGUGAUUGAUUCUUAUGUCUCUUGUAUAUUAUUACUUGAUGAAUCUUUGGUAACAGUCAAAUCAUUAUGUAAGGGAAAUAAAGACGCUAAAAUAGUAAACCCAAUAUCUUUGUCGUGUAUAAUCUCAGUAGACCAAUCUAAUGUAUUUAACUGUUUUGUAAUUGAGAACAUAACUGAUGAAAUAGUGUGGGUCACUGUCAACAUAGACAACGAUGAGCUGAAGUAUAUUUCAAGAUAUACAACUGGUACUCAAGUACAUGAUCUUGACCCACUACUAGGAUCCAUCGUAUCAAUAGAGUCAUUAAAUUAUUCAGACACUAAUCAAUCUUCUAUACUUCUGUUUAUUAUAAGGGUAAGUCCUUAUUUAUCAGUAAAUCAUUUUUAG